AUGGUCUGCAAGGCGGCGAUGGGGAUCAAGGCGGCGGCGAAGCUCAGGUGCCCGCCCUCGGUGGCCGCAGCGGCGCGGUCGCGCCUGACGCCGUGGAUGCUGCGCGCCACCACGACGGUGCUGCUCUGGACCUGCGUCGUGCAGCUCACGGCCGUGGGGAACAUCUGGGGGCCCCGCGUGCUCAAGGGGUGGCCGUCGUGCCGGACGGCGCGGGAGGCGGCCGCUGCGGCCGCGGCCACCACCACGCGGCUGGCGAUGCCGGAGCCCGUCGUGGAGAAGGCCGUGCUGCCGCCCAAGAGAAUUUAUAUAAACAAUGGUUAUUUGAUGGUUUCAUGCAAUGGUGGGCUUAACCAAAUGCGAGCCGCUAUAUGUGAUAUGGUUGUAAUUGCAAGAUAUUUGAAUGUGACUUUAAUAGUCCCCGAGUUGGAUAAGACAUCGUUCUGGAAUGACCCGAGCGAAUUUCAGGAUAUAUUUGAUAUUGAGCAUUUUAUAACCUCUCUUAGAGAUGAGGUUCGUAUACUUAGAGAAUUGCCACCAAGAAUAAAGAGAAGAGUGGAAUUAGGGAAAUUUCACUCAAUGCCUCCUAUCAGCUGGUCAGAUAUAUCUUACUACCAUAAGCAGAUUCUUCCUUUGAUUUGGAAGUACAAGGUCCUCCAUCUGAAUAGAACUGAUGCUAGGUUGUCAAAUAAUGGUCUGCCUCUGGAGAUCCAGAGAUUGCGUUGCCGGGUGAAUUAUGCUGCACUGAAAUUUACGCCCCAAAUUGAAGAGUUAGGCAAGAGAGUUAUUAGAAUACUCCGCCAGAAUGGUCCCUUCUUAGUUCUUCAUUUACGAUACGAGAUGGAUAUGCUUGCUUUCUCUGGCUGUACUCAAGGCUGCACUCCUAAAGAAGCUGAGGAGCUUACAAGAAUGAGAUAUGCUUACCCAUGGUGGAAAGAGAAAGUAAUAAACUCUUUUGUGAAAAGAAAAGACGGCCUUUGCCCUUUGACGCCAGAGGAGAUUGCUCUUGUCCUUAGAGCAUUGGAUAUCGACCAAAAUAUGCAAAUAUAUAUCGCAGCUGGUGAGAUAUAUGGUGGAAAGCGCAGAAUGGCUUCUCUUACCUCGGCUUACCCUAACGUGGUGAGGAAGGAGACACUUCUGGAGCCUUCUGAUCUCAUGUUCUUUCAGAACCAUUCAUCGCAAAUGGCAGCGAUGGAUUACUUGGUAUCAUUGGAAAGUGACAUCUUUGUUCCAACAUAUGAUGGCAACAUGGCUAAAGUUGUUGAGGGCCACCGCAGGUACAUGGGCUUCAAGAAAACGAUCCUGUUGGAUCGAAAACUUAUAGUUGAGCUGGUAGAUCAGUACACCAGUGGAUCUUUGCGGUGGGAUGAGUUCUCUUCGUUGAUCAAGGCUGUCCAUGCCAACCGGAUGGGAUCAGCGGCCACCAGGACUGUGAUCCCUGACAGACCCAAAGAAGAGGACUACUUCUAUGCCAACCCUCAAGAAUGCCUGCGAGAUCCCAAUCUGCUUCGAACAUCGUGAUCUUUUCAGCACUCCCUUGCCAUUCUUUCUGUAACUUGGCGUGGCUGAACCUAAGAUGAUCCAUCAAUCCUCGGAGCCCGUCAAAUGGAGAGCUAGCAUGCUGUUGGUAGCAGUUCAGCGCCAUGGAAGGUCUGCGAUUGGUUUAGAAACUAGAAAGGGUGAUUGAUACUUGAAUGUAGAUGGUACAUAGGUGAUAGGCAUAAUACUGGCACGGCGAGGCAAGUCUCUUGAUUACACCAGCAAAUGUAGAGCUGAAAUUCAUGUUUAGAUGGUGUAAGUCCCAUAAGAAUGAUCAUUGUAAGAAGGGAAGUUGUUGAAUGAGAAAAGAAUAGAUGUUUUUUACCCCCAAAA